AUGUUCCCAUCAGCGAAGCGUAAACUCGCCGAGAGAGUCGACGAGGAGCACGAUCAGGACCUCGAUGCUACGCACAUCAAUAAUCGACCGUUUGCAGUCCGCUUCGUCGCGAUCAGCCAGAACCUAUUCCAGCUACCGCCACGCGACGAGUUCCUUGUGAAGGACGACGACAUCCCCGUGGAUGACCUUCUAAAAAGAGAUGGCGGCCUCUACGAACACCGUAAGACCAAAAAAUUGUACGUCCCGACUCGACUUAGGUCUAAGCUGACUGCUUGGUACCACGGUCCAAGGGGUUCGUACAGCACUUCGUACAAGAGUGCGCUACCUGCGUCCGCAAUUCCCGUGCGUGGCUUGCCGCGGGCACAGGAAGACAAGUUGAAGCAGCCGUUCUUCAUGAGUAGAGUAAGCGUGGAUUAUGUGGGCCCUGGAGCAUUCCAAGGGCAGGAAUAA